AUGGCGCAGUGCAUAGAAUCAUCUAGCAGGCCACAGAGAGAACAACUGCUCACAAAUCCAGUUGUGGAGUUCCUGGAAAAUCAUCCGGAUCAAGCCUGCUUAACAGAGGUCGACAAGCUAGGCCACGCCGCAGACUUGCAAUACAAUACUCGUUCAGAUAUAUGGGUGCACCAAGAAGAUCUCCCUACGGCCUCGUUAUAUCAGGUCUCCGAAGAACGAAAGCGCACAUUACAAGUGGCACUGGCCAAUUUCAGCCGAGCAGUCGAAAAGUAUCAAACAAAAUAUCCCAACCGAAAAUCUAUCCUCAAUGCCAAACCACUGCAACAAUAUGCUAUGGAAGACGUGCUCGCCGCCAUCAAGAGCAUCGAGGUGUCCCAGGAGGUCAAAGAAUACCCUCAAGGACUCGCAGCACUCGGCAAAGGCUUUGAACGCACCAUGAAGAGCAAAGGCAUGCUAAGACAGUUACUGGAUUUUGUCCCUAGAGAUUCAUACUGUGCUCCCAUUUGUGGCAGCUUCUCAUUUAUCCUGGCGGCUUUAGAUCGAGUUGGAGAUUUUCGCAAGGAGGUUGUUGCAACUCUAUCCCACAUACCCACACAGCUCGAAGGUAUCAAAUCUCUUGCCAAGGUCUAUCGCAAGUCUGAAGAGCUUCAGAUUUGUGUGGACCACGUGUUCGCCGCCAUGUUUGGUCUGCUCGAGUCACUGGUCAAACAAAUGACUGAGAAAAUAUCAAAAAAAAUCGUCAGCUCCUUAUUCCAAAGCUAUGCCUCCCAACAAAAAUCAGCCAUGGUGUCAUUCAGUGAGUCUAUCACGAGAUUCCGAGAGCAGGCGUCGAUCGACAGCCACAAAAAGAUUGGUGACAUAGAUGAAAGCGUCCAGAAAGUGCUGCAGCGUGUCAACAGCAACGGCCUGGUCCUUCGAAGCAUGACCUCUGCCGGUCAGGAAGCAUUGAAAGAACUUGAGGACCUCAAGAGUAGAUUCGCCGAAGCCAAGAAAGAACGAGCUCAAGAGCGGGAGGAGUUCUUGAUGUAUUUCAACCGGAUGUAUCAGCUGUUAGCGAGUACUCAGAGCCUGGACAGAAGUGCAGGGACGUUCAAAAACAACAUGCUCACAGCACCACGAAAGCCACGCCCGUUCCGAGCAGCGACACCCUCCCCAGCACCAGCAGCCUCACGAGGCAAAACCACACUGCGGUUGAUCAAAGAUUGGCUCGCCGAGGCAGGUAUCGGCAAAUCCACCGCCCAAAAAGAUCGGCGACUCACCCUAAGCCGCUUCUACGACCUGGACAUCGAGUCCAAGGAUAUUCUCUGGUGGAUUCUCGGCACGCCCGAGCUCAAAGCCUGGCUGAACACAGAAGGGCCUCAGAGCCUCCUGGUCCAGAGCGAAACACCACCUGAUGACCUCCUCAACCCACUCUCCUUCGCGGCAGCCUUCCUAGCGGACCGCAUCCAGUCGAUUGAUGCAGACAACAUCCCCGUGCUAUCAUUCAUGACAGGCGUCCGCAGAGUCGAAUCCGUGCACUCGAAAUCUGAACUCCGGCCACUCUCGAUCAUGAACCACCUCAACACGCAACUUCUGGCAUUCAUCCUUAAGCAACGCAUCCAAAUCGACCUCUCAGCGAUCCUAAAGCCCGAAAAGACACUCACCCGCACUCAAUCCAACCUCUCAGCUGCAUUGCGCCUCACGGAACAGAUCCUCACGCAGUUCCCCGAGGACUCGAUGCUAUUCAUCAUCAUUGACUCGGCGGCCGCGCACGACGGGGCCGACGACGACAACCGCAGCGAACUGCGGCUCUUCACAGGAUUGCUGCAGCUAGGCGACCGCACCGGCGUGGCGGUCAAGGUCCUGCUCAUGGAUACAUUGCCGGGGCUAGCGGCGUCGCUCAGAAAAGUACCAUUCGAGUGCUUGCUGGUCCCGGAUAGCGUGGACGGCGAGCGCCAGGACCUCGCCUUCGACACGCUGGCAGCGGAUGCGGACGAGGCCGCGUUCGUACCGUUCCUGCAGACUCUCCACGCGAGCCAGGAUGAUGAGUCUUCUGACGAGUCCGAACUGCGUGAGGAGGCGCGUUGGUCGAGCUCGGACUCCGAUUCUUGA